GUGGUCUGUUGCUUGAAGAAGGGAGAGGGAUAGAAGAACAGAUGAGAUCAGACCGAGAAAAGAUCACCAAUUUGGAAUCAGAAGGCAGGAUGAAGGCAUCCCAUGGUACCAUACAAUUACUGGGAGUAGCAUUAACAUGUAUUGUUAUUCUGGGGUUAAUCCUUGGACUUAUUCUUACACCAAAAUGGAGUGAAUAUCAAAACGGUCCUGAUUACCAGGCCGAGUUGGGAAAACUGGAAGCUGCGGGAAGGACUAAAGACAAUACAAUCCAGGAACUGAUGAAGAGGAUAGAGGAGCUAGUGGAGGAACAGCAGCUGCAGGGACACUGUAAAAUAGGAGACUGGACUGAUUACAGUAUGAUUAAAGAUCUAGAACAAGAGAUAGAGGAGGGAUUAACAGAGAGACUAGGAUUGGAGAAGACUGUUACCAUACUGAAGUUCUUAGUAGCAGCUGGGUGCCUUGUUUUCAUGCUUUUAGCAGCAAAAUGGAAAUAUGAAAAAGAUAAGCUUGAUGCUAGAUCGGAAGAGGUGUGGCUUAUACAAGAAGAGCUAGGAGAGAUUGAAGAACAGUUGCACAAGGAAAUUACUGAUAAAAUAGAGAAACUGAAAAUGGAGACUGUAGACAACAGGGAGAAGAUUAAAAUACUUGAAGCAGAAGGAACAGCUAAUAAGGAAACUAUCAAGGAACAUGAGAAGAAACUAAAGGACAACAGGGAGAAGAUUAAAAUACUUGAAGCAGGAGAAACAGCUAAUAAGGAAACUAUCAAGGAACAGGAGAAGAAACUAAAGGACAACAGGGAGAAGAUUAAAAUACUUGAAGCAGAAGGAACAGCUAAUAAGGAAACUAUCAAGGAACAGGAGAAGAAACUAAAGGAUAAUAUAACUGAUUUUACUGAGAAGUUAGAGAAGCUGAUGGUGGAAAAUGAAGAUUUGAAGAAUAAGUUAGAGAAUCAGGCUGACAAGUUCCAAGAAGAAAAACAAGAACUACAAAAUAAGCAACAAGGAGAAAAACAAGAACUACAAGACAAGUUCCAAGGAGAAAAACAAGAACUAACAGACAAGAUUCAAGUUCAACUUCAGAUGAUUUCAUCAAUGGAAGGAAAGCACAACGAGUUUAUCAAGAAAACAGAAGAAACUUUAGGCUUAACCAGAACACUUCUCAAAAGUAUGGAGUUCAAAGUUAUGGAUCCUGUUUGUCCUGCAUAUUAUACAGGUUCUAAUUAUACAUAUUGUGGGAAGAAGAUCAGACUAGAGGAGAUGUCCCAGCACCUUGUUAGUUGUGAACAUUUACAGUAUUUACAGUCCAGAAGAAAUAUGAUCCUUAACACGGAAUAUGAGCACUGGUGGUUUAGACCUUCAAACUUCAAGAUAUCUAAUAAACCUCUAGUAUACAAGCUGAAGGAGUCCCAGCACUUCUUUAUACUACAGGGACGGUCUACUGACACCAGUUUAAUCUUUUAUAUAAUUCAACAUAACGAAGAAAAUAUAUCUGAACAUCAAUAUAUUGCUCGCCUGGAAGUGUACGGAGAAACUAAGAAUAUUAUAAGAUCACAAACUGUAAGAGUAUGUCCAAGUGGGAUAAAUCUUGAGAAUGCUAGAAACCAGUUGUACACCCUGGAUAUCAGCCAGGAAGAAUUGGAGAUAAUGUCUGUAAGGAAGAUACCAACAGAUGAUGUAUCUAAGAAGUACAAUAUGUGUGUAAAGUUUAAAGUCAUGAUAAUCUAGUUAACCCAGGACAACACUUGAACCGACCAAUAAAAUCUUAUGGAAGAAUUAUCCUUGAUGGAAAUAUGGUUAUUCAUAAAUAUGAUCAUACUUUA